UUUCUGCAGUCUGCUGGAUUUCACUUCUCCCAGCCGGGAGAGGCCAACGGCCCAGGCACGACCUUACUGAGGACUAGAAUGUUCUAGGUUGCUUUUCUGGAUGUCCGAUCCUGCCUGGCGUGGAGGAAUGGGCAGGGACAGCCUUUUCUCCCUGAAACCCCAGGAUCCCUGGGAAACUCCCUGGACUGAAGACAAAGCGGCUCCAUGGUUUGGCUCAGAAACCGGGGCAGCCAAACAGGAUUUUGGGAGGGACCCCCACAUGGGAUCCCCUUCUGCAGGUGAUGGAGGCAGACAAGAAUGGCCAGACCGAGAGACGGACUCCCCCCGCAUCAUUGGGGGCUACGUUAUGGCCCCCCAUUCCUCCAAGUACUUGGUGUCUCUGAAGAGGAAAGGCGGCUUCCAUUUCUGCGGGGGGGUGCUGGUCAGUCGCAGCUGGGUCUUGACCGCUGCCCACUGCAAGACCAGGAUGAACCAGAUGCUCAUCGUGGCUGGAGAAUAUUCAUUGUCCACUUUUGAGGGUACCGAGCAGAUAUUCCGGCCGGCCCGCUUGGUGGUCCAUCCGGACUAUAGCGCGUCUUCGAAAAACGCGGACAUCAUGUUGAUUAAGCUGAGCCGGCCAGUGGCCUACAGCCCCUUCGUCUCCAUCGUGCCGGUCCCUCGCCAUGGGGCGAAGGUUCAGGCCGGCCGCUUCUGCCAGGUCUCUGGCUGGGGCUACACCACGCCCGUCGGGGGCAGGACUUCGGACACCCUGCGCAGCGUCCACCUGCCCCUCGUCUCCACCUGCAAGUGCAACAGCUCCGCUUCAUAUGCCGGUUACAUCACCAAGAACAUGAUUUGUGCCGGAUUUGGCCGGGGAGGAAAAGAUGCCUGCCAGGGUGACUCUGGGGGUCCUCUGGUGUGCGACGGGCGCGUGUUCGGCAUCGUUUCCUGGGGCCACAGUUGCGCCAGCCCUGGCUAUCCCGGUGUCUACACAGCUGUGGCCAAUUUCCAGAAGUGGAUCUACAAGACGAUUUUCCAGAAAUAAGGGCUGCUUUUGGUGUGGGGUAUGCCUCUAAAGCUCCUUUGCAUGGGGCGGAGGGCUGAAGGGCCUUGCAGUCUGCUUUUUUCCUAUGAGGAAGGACGAAAAGGACCGUGUCCCUCUUCUGCCUUGGAUCGUUUGGAGUUCAGUCCUGUGAAUCUCAAGAGGAAACUGGUGGGUGCCCAGGGGAGCUGGAAUUGCCCUGCCAGAAAUGCCUGCCCUCGGUCAUCUGGGCCAGCUGCCAAGUGCCCAUCAGCCCCUCCCCACCCCCGCCCUUUCCAUGUUCUCUUCUGCAGAAGACCUUGGCCCGAGCCCCCUCCGGCCCUCCGGCCUCCUCUCAGGCUGAGUUCUGCAAUGACGGGGGCAACAACUUUUAAGAAACCUGUUGUAGGUUGUACGUACAGCACGGCUGAAUGCUGUACAGGCCCAAAAAUAAAACAUGUCCGCAAAACAAUGAGAGGAUGUGCCACAUGGAUAAAUCCUGAUACUACUGGAAGCUUCUCCCAGCUUCUUUGAAGCUGAACUGUUGUGUCUUGUCCGCUCUCACCGCAGCCGGGGUCUGCUUAUCUGCUCCCGAACACGGAGGAAUGUAUGCCUCCCGGCCCCAGUUCUGGCUCCAUGCCCAGACAAGCUGCAGAGGAGGGGGCACCUCCCGGUCCCAGCCCUGGCUCCAUGCCCAAGCAGGCUGCAGAGGAGGGAGCAUCCCCCGGCCCCAGCCCUGGCUCCAUGCCCAGGCAAAUGGAGCAGCUAGACCCCUCCCCCUCCUCCACAGCAUGUGAGCCUGAGGAAAGUUUACUUCCAACAACAGCUGAUUGGAGUGACCCUCGCAUCAGAAGAUUGGAUAGGCGGAGGCAACAGAAGGAAGGGAGGGGCAGGCCUUAAUGAGUGCUGAGUCAUGGAGCCACACCCCAUGGCCUAUAUAAAGGAUCUGCUUUCUGGCAGUCUCUGAGUCAGGCAAAGUCGAACUUAUCUUGCUGAAGUCACUUACUGGUCUCCUGCCUGCUCUGAGGACUUUGCUAGGACUUUGGGCAGAGCUGCAGAGGCAAGCCUGAUUCGGAUUUCCCUGACC